AUGGACUGUAAAAUGGCUGCAAUUCCUGCUGUAGUUUUGAUUACCCUUCUCUUGGCUGCAAAUGCGGAGGAUUUGCAGAUGCGGCAUCGGCAAGCUGUUUUGAAGAACCACAACCGCUAUCGGAGGGACUUGGCCCAUGGAAAUGUGGUGAAUAAGGACGGGAGGAGUUUGCCAAGUGCCAAAAAUAUGUACGAAUUUGUAAGUCAGGCAUGCGUAAUGUCAAACAAUAUUUCUUUGAAUCUACAUACAGUAAUCCACAAUAAAUUUUUUACCGUAAUUUUAAAAAAGUAAAAGUUGACGAGCAAAAUUUAUUUAUUUUUUUGACAAAAGUAAUUUUCAAUCAGCAGUAAUUCUUAGAAAAAACAGUUUUACAGAUAACAAACUACCGUAAUCUUUUCAGAAAUACAAUCUGGGACUCGAAAAAAUUGCCAAAAAGUGGGCGGAGCGAUGCAAGUUUGAGCACUCGCCUCCGGAAAAGCGGCAAUUCACGGGCGAAGCGAUGUAUACGUGGACGCAGAACAUUGAUCCGUGUGAGUUAUCGCAUCUUACAUCAAGAAAAACUCAAACCCUGAACCUUCCGGGAUAUUUCGAAAAAUCCAGAAAAUACGUCAUCGCGAACCCGGAAUCAAAUUCUAGACGUAUUUUAUGUUGUAAAAAUUUUUGUAAAUUACGAACUAGCUCAGCAAAACCUAAUUACUCAGUUGGAGCUCUGAAAAUAGCGACAUUAAAGGUGUCACGAUGACGAUUUUCUGGAAAUUACAGUAAAAUGUCUCAAACAUGUAAAACAUGGCAUUCUAGCAAUUCUGGUUGACAACGCCACCGAAUUUUGGUGGAAAGAGCUUCCGAAUUUUGGGAUUGACCCAACUUUAGAGUUCACUCCAAAGGAAUUCAGCAAAGGGAUCGGUCAUUUCACCCAAAUGGCCUGGGGCGACACGACCUCCGUUGGCUGCGCAGUCAAACUCUGUCCCCAAUUCGCAUUCUUGGUCUGCAACUACUCUCCAGCGUAAGUUUCGACAGCAUUUUUUAUUCAUUUAUGAGAUUUCUUGAUCUUACGAACUUCAAAUUUUAGCGGAAACAUCUUCCACAAGCCCAUAUACCAGAAAGGGAGGCCGUGCAAAGUGAAUUCCGACUGUGAUCGCUAUCCGAAUUCCAAAUGCAAUUCGAAAAGAGGCCUUUGUGUUCGAGGGAGGGUUAAAAACGUCUAA